CUCAUGUUGAUUGUGAAGAACAUAGCAAAAAAGUAACUAUGGAUGUUGACAAGAUUCCCUACCAUUCUGUUCGAAGUGUUACUUUCAGUACAUACGGCACUGAAGAACUGAAGAAACUCAGUGUCCUUGAAAUAACCAAUCUUAAGACACUCGAUGCCCUUGGUCAUCCAACAUCAGGUGGACUGUAUGAUGCUGCUCUAGGCCCCAGUGACCGGGAUGAGCUUUGUACAUCAUGUGGUCUUGUCCAGCUUUACUGUCCGGGUCAUAUAGGCCACAUCAGUCUUCCUCUUCCUGUGUUCAAUCCGGUGUUUUUUAGGUCAAUGUAUCAGCUCAUCCGAGGAAGCUGUUUCAGCUGCCACUCUUUGCUGUCACCGUCGUUUGCGAUUCAUCUGAUUCUAGCCCAGCUGAAAGUGUUGGACUAUGGCCUUGUGGGUGUAGUGCAAGAACUAGAAGAGGUUGCACUGGAAACAGUUUCUCAGGGUGCUGGUGCUGGGUCUGGUGCAAUUGAAAUUCAAGUGAAGAAUAAGAUGACAGAAAUAAUUAACAAGAAACUUGAAGGGCUCGAUUUGGAAGAUGCAAAACUGAGUGCACAGGUGAAGAAUGUGGUGGAGUGUCGACAAAGGAUUAUAAAAACUUUUUCGAGAGAGUAUUUAAUGGGAGCAGGGAGAAAGUGUUCAUCAUGUGGAGUCUCACGCAAGGGAAUGAGUAUCCAUAACAACAGUAGAAUAAUUUUCACUGCAAAUUCUAGGAAACCAGUCAAAAUUAAGCCUAAAAAACCACCGGCAUUUCUGAAGGCUCCGGAAACGUAUGAUGAGUACGAAGAUUUUGAAAAAGAAGAUCAGAAUGAGCAGCAGCAGCAUCAAGAACAAGAAGAUAAAUUCAUUGGACAGAACUAUUUGACUCCUCUCGAGGCACGGAAACAUUUGCGAGAACUGUGGAAGAAGGAGCAGGCCGUUCUACAACGACUCUUUGGCUUACUUGCGACAGCUAGCAAAUAUCAUGAGUCUCCCGUGGACAUAUUUUUCUUGGAUGCCGUUAUUGUUCCUCCGUCACGUUUUCGACCGGUAAGUAUUGUUUUAAAGAAUUUCAGAAUAUUCUCCAGUCUUUGGUUACUUUUUAACAGUGAAUGUCAUAAUAGUCAAAAAUAUAGAAUCAAUUACAAUGGUGAACUGGUAAUGAAUGGUAGAAAAACAAAGUCAGUAAUUGG